AUGACGGACCCACCUGCAUCAUCGUCCACGACGGCACGCCGCCGCAAACGGCGUCGCAACAAGACCCCGAUCAAUUUGGAUGGCAUUCGUUCGGUGGCACGUCCGGAACAAGUCAUGGCGCACUCGUCGUCUCCUACAGCGUUGGUAACGGGAGGUCAACAACAAGAAUUAUUAAUGACGGAUGAUUUGUUGUUUGCGCUGGAUGCGGUCGAACAAGAUCCCGUCGUAUCCGACAUAUUACAGCGGCAGAAAUCUGUUGAAGAGCCAUCAGCUGAACAAGAUGAACAUCAAGAUGAAGAAGAGCCACCAUUGAAACGAGCUGCUCUCAGCGACACAAGCGACAAACCAACUCCCGUGACACGGUUGGUCACGGCCAGCGACAACCAUGGCGAGGAAAUGGCAGAGGGGAAUCGAUCCAACCAUGACCACGACAUUCUCACGUCACCCAUGGUCUCGUCCAACCACAAAAAGAGAGCCACAAUUACAGAACAAAAUUCGCAGCCGACCAUGGCAGCAACAAUAACAAGCCUAGCUGUUGCUGCCGUGGACAAUAGCACGACGGAAAUUCAAGGUUCCAGCAGUACCGUCACGGAGGAAAGCAAUACAUGUAAUGGCAGUGGAGGAACAACAAUACCAACUCAAGAACAACAACUCAACAACAACAGCAAUGGCAGUGACAGCACCACGCCAUUCGAACCACCACGCCAUUCAUCUCCACAAAAACGAAAAUUGACCACGGAGGAAAAUGCGCAAGAACCAGACGACAACAAAAUUACCGAGCAGCAACCACAGAAUUCUGCAGAGAACGCCACAAACGAAAUUGCAGGGGGGACGCAUAGCAGUCCAAGUGGAUCGGUGGUUGCCACCGUGGAUGAAACGAACAAUGCUGCGGAUGAAACAGUCUGGCUACCAGUCUCGUACAUUCCACCACCCAAUGCCGUCAUGAUUUGCAAAUGGAACAACGAUCAUCAUCAUCCCGGAAACUUGGAGUUGCAGCGAUUGGUUCAAACUCACUUGGCAGAAUACCAAGCCGUCCUGGGAAAUGAUAUUCGACACAAGACACUUAUUAUUGAACGACGAAUUCUAGCACCUCUUGCACAAUUCCAAAAUGCCACAACAAACAUGCCCUGUUUUGUACGAUUUGAUACCACGCAUCAAAGAUGGCAUCGUCUGUCACUCGCCGAACAGAAAAAAUACACGGCACGAGCAUUUCGCAGUAUGGCCGCAAAAAAAGAAACUCCUUCCAAGACUCCACCUCAACGACGACAAAAUGAACACGAUGCGCACAAAGAAAUAGAACACGACGACGGCGACGACGAUGCCCAGCUGCUUCCCGUAAGCUACAUUCCACCACCCAAGGCUGUCAUUGUGAUGCCAGGCAUAGUAGAUGCGAACAAGAACGAUCCUGGAAAUCAAGAGUUGCAACGAUUGGUACAAGUACAUUUACAAGAUUAUUUAGAAGCAACAGAUGACAACAACAACAAAGUCACGGUGAUUCAACGAUAUGUCCUCCAACUUGUCGCCAAGUUUCAGAAUGCCACAACAACUCCUUGUUUUGUCAAGUUUGUCAAUCAACGAUGGUAUCUACUUUCAUUGGACGAGCAGAAAAAAUACAUUACACACGCAUUUCAUCAGAUUGCCAAGGAAAAGAAGAGUACUACGCGACAAAGUAGUGAUGCCAAGGAAACUCGAAACAACAACAACAACAAUGACGAUGAAGAGGAACACACGGAUCAUGAUGAUGCUCAGUUGCUACCGGAAAACUACAGUCCUCCUCCCAAUGCUGUCAUUCUGGGACGAUCCAAUCCACCUGGCAAUCAACAUUUUCUCAGUCUCGUACAACGGCAUGUACAAGAAUACCGAACUGCCACGGAGUGGGGACAAAAAACCAGUGUUGUGCAUCAAAGGGUCCUGACACCGCUGGUCAAGUUUCAACAAACUACUACUACUACACGUACUAAUUCUUCUUGCAUGAUGAUGAAGAAGCAUGAUGCAGGAGCACUCUUUGUCAAGUGGGAUGCCAACAAGAACCGAUGGUAUCGCCUUUCACUCGAGGCGCAGAUUAAAUACUCGGGGCGAGCAUUUCGCGAUGCCGCAGGAGAUUACAAGAGUAGCAAGAAACGAAUUCUUCCCCAACAGCAACAACAACAGCCGGAUGGUGAAGAGCCACCACCACCAGAAUCUUUGUCGAAAGAACACGACAACACUGCCACGACGACAAGUGCAGACGAUUCGGUUCCGGCUGCAGCCAAUGACUCGACGAGUACACAGCAACAGCAACUACAACAGCAAGAAGCAGAAGAUGUCGGUGUGUUUCUGCCAGCGGAUUACAGACCCGCCAAGGAUGACGUUAUUGUGGGAGAUGGUGGUACUGGAUUCGAAAGCAACCCAGGGAAUCAGCAAUUGCGAGAAUUGGUACAGUGUGCCUAUUCGGCGGGGCAAGAUCCACCGGCGGACAGUGUCCUCGAAAGCAUCAUGAAGGAACAGAAAAAGUCCAUGUUUGUCCAAAAUCGCGACGACGACAAGGGAUGGUAUCGACUCGGAAAGGCCGAACGGAAAAGCUACAUUGUGAAGGAAUUCCAUGCCGUAAGGAGUCUGCUACAAACCAAAAAGAAGAAAAAGAAACAGCCGUCGUCUUCAAGACACCAACAAUCCAGCAAUGCUUCCGUCAGUAUUGCCGGUAGCAAUAUGACGACGACGACGACGACGACUGGCCAAGUCAAACGAUUGGCCAGAAAAUCCACGGCCGGAAAGGCACCUCGGAAAAUGCCAUUUUCGUCAGCAGCAGCGGCGGCAGCAGCAAACCAAGAGCAGGCAACGGUCACAACAAAUCACAACCACGACAAACACAAGAAUAAUGCGAAAGGGGUUGACCCAUCGAGUCAAAGUGCUCCACCGAAACUGGCCGCUGCUUCUGCCACCGGAAGUGACAACGGUGUGGCUCCGGUUGCUUCUGUAACUAGCAAGACCCCAGCAACCCGCAAAAUGGCUCCACCACCGCCGCCACCACCACCAGCCAGAAAAACGUCUGAAGUGGCACAUGGAAGAAGUGACAACUCUGUUGCUUCUGCGUCUUCUGGAACUGCUACGACGAAUGGCAAGAAUCACACAACCGGGCCAGCAGUUGCUCCACCCCCGCCACCGCCUCCCAAAAGAAAGGAUUCGCGUCAAAUGUCUACCACCCGAUCGGACAAUAGUGUCGCAUCGUCCUCUUCUUCCGCAGCCGCCGGCAAGAGAGGCACGGCCGCUCCACCACCGCCGCCACCUCCAAACCGGAAGACGUCGCGCCAAGUGUCUACAACAGCAGCAGCAGCCAGAUCGGACAGCAGUGUUGUGUCGUCUGCUUCUAAAAAGGCUCCACCGCCACCUCCUCCCAAAAAGGCCUCCAGUAGAACCAUUUCAGAAGCUGAUGGAUCCAAUGCCAGUGUUGCCUCAGCUUCAAAAAACUGCUCGGCUGCUCCACCGCCGCCGCCACCACCACCACCUCCAACCAGGAAGACUCCUGCUGCUGCUGCAACUGCGUCGAGAUCUAGUGAUAGGAGUGUUGCGUCGGUUUCUUCUGCUGCCUCGAAGAAUAGCAAGAGUACUCAUGCAGCAAGUAGCACGGCUGUUGCGGGAUCUACCAAAAAGGCUCCACCCCAGAAACCUGGUUCUUCCAGAUCGGAUGACAUUGUUGUCUCGGCUUCUCCUGCAUCAAGCACGGGUCCACCCAAGCCGCCUUUGUCCACUACGAAAGAAACUGUAUAUUCUUCUCUAGCCCGAAAGAUCACAAACGGCAGUCAGCCUCCGCCAUCAACCAACGAUAGGGCUGCUCCUUUUGGAUCUCAAUUGACAACAACGUCGCCUGCAACAAACAAUCAGACGAACUCAGUCGUGGCAGAUGCUUCAUCUCUUUCAAAUGCAACGACUGCUACACCGAUGAAUCGCAAGACGAAUGACAGCCCGAAUGCCACGAGUACCUUGAGCGCGGGCAGCCAUGAAACGACCAUGACAAGCACUCACGUUUCGAUUGAUAGUACGGAUGUGAAUGAUGCGAGUGCCAGCGUUCAAGAACAUCCAGAUGAUGAGACGGCAACGGCACGUGGAGAACCUCCAAACGAUUACAAUUCGAUCAGCAAUUGUGGCAAUGAGGACGCCAGUGGCGGCAACAACGAAGAUGAGGAAGAUGGAGAGAUCAAAGAAAUGACGAAUGCUGCUGCAGCCGUGCAAGGAGAACGGGAGAGUUCAGUUAUUGGCAAUUUUUACAAAACAUUGUUCCCGCAAACGGAGUCAGAAGAAGCUUCCGACGACGAAGAUUUCUCAGAAGAGCAAUUCCUGGCCAGCGUGCAUAGAACAAUUCAACAAUGCGAAGAUGACGCGUGGGCCAACAGCGCCACGGAGCGAACGAGGGAAAAUCAAGCUGAGCGGUCGUUCCUGCAAGACUGCAUUCUGGCUAGUUUUGAUGAACCAGCUGAGGUUCGGGGCGGUGGCGCAUCUGAAGAAACGGGUGAACCCGCACAUCAACUGGGAAGUGAAUUGCCACCAGAUGAGGAUACAUCAAUGGCAGCACCUCCUCCAGAAGGAAAAGAAAUGGCGACUUGUGCUUCGGAAGCAACUCAUGCUUCUAGUUCAGAGCACAUGCAAUCCGAGACCUCGCAUCUGCGAGCUGAGGUAUCAUCUCAAUCCCACGGUGAGGACGAGCCGGAUCAGCUGCAGGCUGAAGCUUCUUCGCAAACACAAGGGGAGGACGAGGGGGGACUACAAGAGGAUUUUCCCUCACCAGAUGACGAUGAUGACCAUGGGGUUGCGUUGCCUGAAACCCAAGGCAAAGCAUCGCCGCAGGCUGGCCAGCCGCAUCCGCAGCAAUCACGGGAACGAGGAACAUUCCCGGGCGAGGACGAACCUGCGCCACAGAUUGGCACAACGCCAAGUGUCCCAGCUGCACAUGGUGCAGUUCGAGAUACUGGCAAACGAAAGCACUCCAAUUUGCCGGCAUGGAUGACGCGACAACAGAGCAAAACAACAAACAGCUCCGCACAAGCGUCGCAACAACCUUCUGGACAGCAAGAAGAUGCAGCCGCACAGUCUUUGAGACGCGAAACCAUGCAACCCAGACGAGAGCUUCCGCCUCGAGCCGCCAGGAGGGGACAGCAACAAGCUACGAAGCUAGGCAACACCGCAGACGAACCGAUUUGUUUGGAUAGUGAUUCGGAAGACGACGACGUUCCAGGAGUGCAGCCAGGAAGAGAACAGCGAGCACAGCAUCAAUCGCAAGGCGAUGAAACCAGCCCAAAGAAGCUAGUUUCCCUUGUACAUGUCAAGCGCACGAUCCCCAAGUACUAUAUCAGUCGCCAGACCGGGCAGGGCAGCGCUCUGGAGAAGCAGCCGCUUUUGACUCGUGACACCUUGGUAACUCAGAUUGAGAUGCCCUUUCGAGACGGCCACAUGCAACAUUUCAAAGACAGAGGAAAUGGCGAUCAUCACUUCUCGGUCGAGUUGCAGGAUAUCGAAGGGCAUCCCGACGCAUGGCUCUUGUUCAUCCGCGGGCGCAAAAUUUUGGUUGAGACAUUUCGUCUACAUUUCGAACAGUGGCUGCACAAUGCGCUGAAGCGGCGAGUUUUCCUCGAGCUCCUGCGUGACAAUAAUCGGGCUGAGAUUGAUGUUGUGUUGCCACGUCAACCACUCCUGGACGCAUGGAGGAAGGGAUGCAUUCAAGCUAUAUCCAUGAACAACCGUACGGGGCUGUGGAUAGACUUUUCUGAGCAUCGUAAAGGGGACGACGCCAUCAGACUCUUGACUCCAAUCUUGGGAUCCCCAAUGCUGCAGAGCGACAUUGUGGUGGCAAUUCUACGUAUUGACGGGGUGGAAUAUAGCAGUAUUGAGGCAUGGGAAGAAGUACGAAAGCGAUUUCAGGGCCUCGAACAAGCUGAUACAAGGGUCACGUUGGUUAUCAGAAGCAGCGUGAGUCUUGAUGCGUUGAAACCAAACGACGAAACCAUACUGGAUGUUCGUCGGAACAACGAAGGGACGUUGCCACCCACGGAAAUCCAGGUGGAGGAAAAAUCUGGCAAUGAUAUUUCGAGCCUGAACCAGUCUGUGUCGAGGUCGGCGAGAAGGGAGUCUCAAUCCAACAGCCCUGAAGAUAGGGCUCACCUCAAUGGACACUGGCAUGCCAAUUUACAGUUCAAGAAAAAGUAUAAAGAAAUCUACGACAUAGAAUACCAGAGGAGCGAAGUGCAUUACCAGUUUGCAAUGAAGGAAAUGUGGGCACAGCACAAGCAAUAUUACGCUUACAGCUGUGGAGAUGACUGUGAGUGUGCCUUUGACUUGGAGUUACUCACGCAAAACGUAGUUGCAAGGUUCAUCAGGGAAUACCCAGACAAGAUGACUGGAAGCGACCUGACACAUGAUCAUGAUUCGCCUGUUGGUUUCGUCGAUCGGUUCGCGGGAAAGUUUGUUCCACUGCUUCGCGACGAGUACCCUGAAGAGAAACCAUCGAGAAUCCUGGAAAGAUUGGUUAGGAUGUGGACACUCCAUCUAAGACAAAGGGGUUUCGGAUCGACUUGCUACGAGACUUGCACAUGCGAGGAAGGAUGGGGACCUGUCUUUUUUAAGGGCAAUGUGCUGCGGGAGCUUCCGGUUGCUGCGUCGCGGAGAAAGCGGGCCGCGGUACCAGUGGAAUCGCUGCCUAGUGUCCCUCGCAAAAGAUCUCGCCCCGAAACUGCUACCCCGCGAGUAGCUGCUGCUCAACGAUCCCACUUUCAAAGCACUCAAACUAAUGAGCAGAGCAGUUCAUUGCUUCGAGGCCAACACCAACCCCAUGGUGUUGCAAGAGACGCUUGGUCGGUAAACACCCGGAGACAGAGCAACCUCAGCGAUGCAGCCAGCACUACCGUGGAGCACUUCUCGGAAUCGUUUACAGCUGGAAUACCACUGGGUUUCUACUGUGUCACGGAACGGGCCAUGAAAUCGAGGGUUUGUGCCAUCCUGUCCGUGGACCCUCUUGGAGCCUGUGCAAAGAAAAACGCGAACAUCCGGAAGGGCACGCUCGUGGAGAAAAUCCGAAUCAUGCAGGGAACUGAGCUGAAGGAAUACGCCAUUCACGGCCACGAAGACAUGCGAAGGUACAAAACUCUGGCAAUGGAGCUUCGAUCAGACCUGGUUAUUUGCUUUUGCAGUGCCAAGCUUCCGCCAGCCUCUUCCCACGAUGACCCAGAUGCAGUGGGAGCGGACUGGACUGUCACGGGGCAAUGGCAAGGAAAGAGUGUUGGCGGCUGGGCGGGAGGUUCCAACAGGAGGGUCUCGACGCAACAAGGGAACAGCCUUCCAAGAAGAACGCUCCCAUCUCAACGAUCUAUCCUUCACUCGGGAAGCCGCAAAACUGGUUCAAGCAGCAAGCAUGUCAACUUUGCCGAUAAUUGUGGCCUUCGAAGAUUCAGUGCAAACGAGCGGGUGUUCAGAUUGGAACCAGAAACGAAAGAAGGAACCAAAUUCGAGACAACGAUACCAGAAAGCAACGCCCACACAGGCACCCAAAUCUUGGAUGCUAUAUCCAAGGCAGUUGGCAAUCGCGCCUGUGCAAACUUGAUCCGGUAUUUGCAGUCUGCAAAGACUGUCGUCGCCGGUAAAGACUUUAGGUUCUUCCUGUCUCAGCAACUUGACAUGGCGAAAAAGAACGAGGCCGGAGAUCGCAUCUCGAAUAUUUUGAAAGCCUUCAAGUCUGCCCAUGAAACUAUCGCGAUUGCUCAACGGCUCAAGUGCUUUCAGCGUCUUCGUGUGGAGGUGGAGAAAAUUGUCGAUUUUCGCCUGACUGCGAAAGGGGAGAAGAAAAUUGCCGAAAAGUCAUGCAAGAGCUAUCUAUUUCACAUGGUCGACGACAAGUCCAAGAAGUUGACCCCGUCGCCGCCUCCAAUGGACAUGGUGAGUGGAGAAAUAGAUUACGGAAGUGGCAACUCUGCAGUGCCAGAGUAUACUCUCGACUACAAUCCUGGGGAGAGGCAUUUACUGCAUGUUGAGCUUCACUCAACAAAGGGAACAAUGGACGCGAGAUUGUCAAUCCCGUUGAAUGAGGUUGUUCGUGAUCAUUUAAAGACCGACCCGGCUGCAACGAUUGUAAGAGAGUUUCGCGUGGGACACGAUGGACUCCUCGAAGGUGGAGUCAAGAUGCAGCUUCGCGUGGAAUUGCUGAAGGACAAGUUGACUGAUCGCGAACUCUCAAAGAAGAUUGCGGUAAAGGCAGACAAAUUUCAAAACAUGCUUGAUCAAAUGAAAACGAUCAAUGCCAUUAAAAAAGAGGAGGAGCCAGCGAUACAUGCUCGAAUCUAUGGAGAGCACGGCUUUUCCCUUCUACACGCCGCGGUUGCGUUUGGUAAAAAGGACCUGGUGCAACAAAUCUUGAAGUUGGAUGCCAAUCCCAUGGCACCUAGUUCGAUGGGAACAGCCAUAGUGUACUCGGGGAGGAAGAGGCUUGCCGCAACAGAGAAAGUGAAGAAAGUCAAGUUGAGCCGAUGCAAAACAGCGGAUCUGGUGAGAUUCGACUUUCACCUCGAGCUUGCGAAAUCGCAGAACAAAAGGGAAUUGCAUCUCGAGGAGCAAGCAGUCGAGAUGAAAACCAUAGCGUACAUGAUACGAAAACAUGCAAACCCCUUUGCUGACAAAGAGGGACCAGGUGGUCUACACGAUGGACCGGGAUCGGGUGGUCCAAAUGAUGGACCUGGAUCGGGUGGUGCCAACGGAGGACCUCGACCGGACGGUUCAGAUAAAAGACCCAGAGAACGCGAUGAUGUCUCUGAUCAUAAGCAUGUCUCUUGGCAUGACUGGGACGCUGAUCCAGGUGAUUCAAGCCAGGUAGAAGCUGCGGCGAACCAACAGAGCGCUGUUUCGUUUGAGGCAAACCGAGUGAGCCCCCAAGUCUAUUCGCUGCUUCAGUAUUUAGGACAACAAGCCAAGCCAGGCGACAAAUGGGUUGAAUUGGACGCAAUCAAGACGCACUGUGGCGCAGAAGAGUGGUCGGAAUUUGACAAUGCCUGUGCGUCCGCCACUUCAAAGGGCUUGAUCCAGUGGGGUUAUUUGGACGAGACAAUUUUUGGCGCCGAUGUAGAAUCCCUCUCUCAUAGAACUUCGGAUGAUGGCGAAGAAGGAAACCAUCUCCGUCUGACAGAUGCCGGUGAGGGUUGCUUGGCUUCAACGCCGACCCCAGCUGACAACCAAAAUGGAGCACACCAUUCUGCCUCCAAUGCCAACAAUACUUCACAAAGAGGACAUGGACAGGUGUCCACUUCCACCUAUGCCUUCCUCCAAUCGUUGACCCCCACGACACCAGACGAUGACUGGGUGGGCAUGUCUGCUGUUGAAGAGGCGUUCUAUGUCAAUUUAGGCCAGAGAGAUGUCAGUGUCUUCCGAAGAGUUCGAGAAGAAGCAACAAACAUGGGUCUUAUUGAAUGGGGUCAGAUUGACACUGAGACUUUUGGAGAUUCUGAGGUAGAGUUGGCAUCGCCCAGUGACUUUGACAGCACUGCGAGCAAUGCACUGCUGCGACUUACAAAUCUGGGCGGUGAAAUGCUCUCGAGAGGUCCACCGGCAAAUGAUCAUGCAGAAAGCACCCAUGUUGAAUCUCAGGGUGCGGGUCGCAGCAGGAGCCAAGAAAGUCAGUCAGGAGUCAGAUCAACAAUUUCAACUUCUGCCUAUGUGUUCCUCCAAUCGUUGACCCCCACGUCACCAGACGAUGACUGGGUGGGCAUGUCUGCUGUUGAAGAGGUGUUCUAUGUCAAUUUAGGCCAGAGAGAUGUCAGUGUCUUCCGAAGAGUUCGAGAAGAAACAACAAACAUGGGUUUUAUUGAAUGGGGUCAUAUUGACACUGAGACUUUUGGAGAUUCUGAGGUAGAGUUGGCAUCGCCAGUGACUUUGAUAGCACUGCGAGCAAUGCACUGCUGCGGCUUACAAAUCUGGGCGGUGAAAUGCUCUUGA